ACACUUCCACCGAGGAAAUCCGAUGCUGUAGAUAAAAAAAAAUAGUAAACUUUUAAAAACUCAGAGUGAACAGUCAUUAGACAACAAAGGGUCAAGGAAACGGAAAACUAUGCGGUUGCCAUGGCUCUGUCAGAGCUAUACACUAAGUACAACCGCGUCUGGAUCCCGGACCCAGAGGAAGUGUGGCAGUCUGCGGAGAUCCUGAAAGACUACAAAUCGGGAGAUGACGUUCUGGAACUACAGCUCGAGAAUGGCACGGAGAUGCGGUACCCGGUGGAAACGGGGAACGUGCAGCUCCCACACCUGCGGAACCCUGACAUCCUCGUGGGGGAGAACGAUCUCACCGCCCUCAGCUACCUUCACGAGCCGGCCGUCCUGCACAACCUCAGAGUGCGUUUCGUGGAGUCCAAAAUCAUCUACACGUACUGCGGGAUCAUCUUGGUCGCGGUGAACCCCUACAAGCAGCUGCCCAUCUAUGGGGACGCAGUCAUCCACGCCUACUCCGGCCAGAACAUGGGCGAUCUGGACCCACACAUAUUCGCUGUGGCAGAGGAGGCCUACAAGCAGAUGGCCAGGAACAACAGGAACCAGUCGAUCAUCGUGAGUGGGGAGUCGGGUGCUGGGAAGACGGUCUCCGCGCGCUACGCCAUGCGCUACUUCGCUGUGGUCAGCAAGUCCAGCAGCAAGACCCGAGUGGAAGACAAAGUUCUGGCCUCUAACCCGAUCACAGAGGCUAUUGGGAAUGCAAAGACCACCAGAAACGAUAACAGCAGCCGCUUUGGGAAGUACACAGAGAUCAGCUUUGACCAGCGGCAUCAGAUCAUCGGGGCCAACAUGAGGACGUACCUGCUGGAGAAGUCCCGAGUGGUGUUCCAGUCGGAGAACGAGAGGAAUUACCACAUCUUCUACCAGCUGUGUGCCUGUGCUGACCAGCCCGACUUCAAGCACCUCCGACUGUUAAGUGCUGAUCAGUUCCAGUACACCUGCCUGGGAGGAGCAACGGAGAUCGAUGGUGUGGACGACAGAGCUGACAUGGCAGAGACUCGCCGCACUUUCACUCUGCUGGGCUUGAAGGAGGACUUUCUGUCCGACGUGUUCAAGGUGUUGGCAGCAAUCCUCCACUUGGGCAACGUCACCAUAAAGACCACCAGUGGGGAGAAGUCUGCCGUCAGCACCAGUGAUGUCCACCUGGCGGUGUUUUGUGAGCUGGUGUGUGUGGACGUGGACAGUGUGUGUCGCUGGUUGUGCCAUCGGCGGCUGGUGCUGUUGGCAGAGACGGUGGUGAAGCCGGUGCCCAUGGAGCGGGCGGUCAACGCCCGAGAUGCCCUGGCCAAGCACAUCUACGCCCACCUGUUCGACUGCGUCAUCCACAGGAUCAACACUGCCCUCAAGGUCCCAGGGAAGCAGCAUUCCUUCAUUGGGGUUCUGGACAUCUACGGUUUUGAGACAUUUGAUGUGAACAGCUUUGAGCAGUUCUGCAUCAACUAUGCCAAUGAGAAGCUCCAGCACCAGUUCAACCUUCAUGUGUUUAAGCUGGAGCAGGAGGAGUACAUGAAGGAGGACAUCCCAUGGACGCUGAUCGAUUUCUAUGACAACCAGCCCGUCAUUGAUCUGAUCGAAGCCAAGAUGGGCAUUCUGGACCUGCUGGAUGAGGAGUGCCUGUUUCCCCAGGGUACGGACCUGAACUGGCUGCAGAAGCUGUAUAACUUCCUGGGCUCCAAUCCUCUGUUCAGCAAGCCCCGGCUCUCCAAUCAGGCCUUUGUCAUUCAGCACUUCGCAGACCAAGUGGAGUACCAGUGUAAAGGCUUCCUGGAGAAGAACAGAGACACCUUAUAUGAAGAGCUUGUGGACAUCAUGAAGGCCAGUAAGUUUUCUCUCCUGGCAGACUUCUUCCGGGAGGAGUCCCAGACGGCGGUCCGAGGAGUCAGGGUGAAGGCCGCCACUCCAGCAGUGAAGCCUGCCAACAAACAGCUCCGAACUACAGUGGGAAACAAGUUCCGCAGUUCUCUGUACCUGCUGAUGGAGACUCUGAACGCCACCACACCUCAUUAUGUGCGCUGCAUCAAGCCCAACGAGGACAAGCAACCCUUUGAGUACGACUCCAAGCGUGUGGUCCAGCAGCUCCGAGCCUGUGGGGUUCUAGAGACGGUCCACAUCAGUGCCCAGAGCUACCCAUCCAGGUGGACCUACAUCGAGUUCUACAGUCGUUACAGCAUCCUGAUGACACAGGCAGAGGUGGUCCUCAAUGACAAGAAACAAACGUGCAAGUCUGUGCUACAGAGACUCAUUCCUGAGGUGCAGGUACACCUCCGCAGCUCACACAGAAAGGAGGUGCAGGUACACCUCCGCAGCUCACACAGAAAGGAGGUGCAGGUACACCUCCGCAGCUCACACAGAAAGGAGGUGCAGGUACACCUCCGCAGCUCACACAGAAAGGAGGUGCAGGUACACCUCCGCAGCUCACACAGAAAGGAGGUGCAGGUACACCUCCGCAGCUCACACAGAAAGGAGGUGCAGGUACACCUCCGCAGCUCACACAGAAAGGAGGUGCAGAAAGAGGAGGUGCAGGUACACCUCCGCAGCUCACACAGAAAGGAGGUGCAGGUACACCUCCGCAGCUCACACAGAAAGGAGGUGCAGGUACACCUCCGCAGCUCACACAGAAAGGAGGUGCAGGUACACCUCCGCAGCUCACACAGAAAGGAGGUGCAGGUACACCUCCGCAGCUCACACAGAAAGGAGGUGCAGGUACACCUCCGCAGCUCACACAGAAAGGAGGUGCAGGUACACCUCCGCAGCUCACACAGAAAGGAGGUGCAGGUACACCUCCGCAGCUCACACAGAAAGGAGGUGCAGGUACACCUCCGCAGCUCACACAGAAAGGAGGUGCAGGUACACCUCCGCAGCUCACACAGAAAGGAGGUGCAGGUACACCUCCGCAGCUCACACAGAAAGGAGGUGCAGGUACACCUCCGCAGCUCACACAGAAAGGAGGUGCAGGUACACCUCCGCAGCUCACACAGAAAGGAGGUGCAGGUACACCUCCGCAGCUCACACAGAAAGGAGGUGCAGGUACACCUCCGCAGCUCACACAGAAAGGAGGUGCAGGUACACCUCCGCAGCUCACACAGAAAGGAGGUGCAGGUACACCUCCGCAGCUCACACAGAAAGGAGGUGCAGGUACACCUCCGCAGCUCACACAGAAAGGAGGUGCAGGUACACCUCCGCAGCUCACACGCAGCUCAGGAAGAAACUCGAGGAGCAGGCUUCCACGCAGCUCAUUACGAAAGGAGGUGCAGGUACACCCUCCAGCGCCCACAGAAGGAGGUGCAGGUACGCCUCCACGUGCUCACACAGAAAGGAGGUGCAGGUACACCUCCAUGCGCUCCCACAGAAAGGAGGUGCAGGUACACCUCCACGCUCAAACAGAAAGGAGGUGCAGGUACACCUCCACGGGCUCAUCACAGAAAGGAGGUGCAGGUACACCUCCACACGCUCAAACAGAAAGGAGGUGCAGGUACACCUCCACGCGCCCCACAGAAAGGAGGUGCAGGUACACCUCCACGCGCUCAAACAGAAAGGAGGUGCAGGUACACCUCCACGCGCUCACACAGAAAGGAGGUGCAGGGUAAAGAGAACCGUGGCCUGAUGGAGAGGCUGACAGGCCUGGCCAACGCACACUCUCAGGGAUUGGACAAGCUGCAAGCGCUGGAAGCGGAGCUGAGCAAAUCAGCCAAUAACAGAAUGUCCUUAGAGAAGCAGGAGAAGAGGAACAAGGAGGCAGCCAAUCAGAUGAUCACCCAGCUGCAGACUCAGAAAGCCGCUCUAGAGGCAGAGAAGAAGACCAUGGAGGCCAAGAUGGCCGAGAGCGCUCAGCAGAUGAGAGACAACUUCAGUGAGCUGCAGAAGAGACUGCAGGAGGACCUGGAGAAGGAGGAGAGGAGAAGAAAGAUCGCAGAGAACAAUCUGGAGAACCAGAAGGAGGACUCCGGACGGGAAGUGGAGGUUCUGCAGCUGGAGAACCGGCAGCUACGGGAGGAGAAGCUGCGGCUGCAGAUGCAGCUGGAGGAGGAGAAACACCAGAUCGCAGAACUGCAGGAGCAGAUCACGCAGCUCACCAAACACAUCAAGGUGUUGCCUGAGCUGAGGAAAGAUAUCCACAACCUCCAGUCCCAGAAAACUGAGCAGGAGAGGAGAGCGAGAGAACAAACCCACCAAGCUAAAGUUAAGAUGAACGUGAUCAUCAGACAACUUCUGGGGGACCGGAGCAGUGAGGACAUCUUGUCAGCUGCCUCAGACGACGCAGAGGAGGAUGGGAAUCUGCUGCUGGCUUUUGAUGGCCUCCAGAAGGCAACAAGGGUGAUGGAGACACAGCUGCGUGAUCAGAGGGAGGGCUUUGAGAGUCAGGUAGAGGUGCUGAGCUUUAAGAUGGAGCACCUGCAGAAGGAGAACGAACAGUUGCAGAAUCUCUUCCAAGAGAAGAGCGAUGUCAAUGAGAGCAUCCGCCAGGAGGUGGCGCGACUUACCGCUGAGAACAUGGUGAUCCCCGAACUGAAGCAACAGGUCGGUGAGCUGCUCAGACAGAAGCAGGACUUGGAGACCCAGCAGCAGGAGGAGACCAGUCAGAUGAUGGGCCGCAUUGAGCAGGUGUCAACCAGACUCCAGACGGAUCUUCAGGAGGAAAGCUCCCGCUGCAGGCAGUUUGAGCAGCAGCUGGAGGAGGUGCAGAGAAGGUUAGAGGAACAGCAGGAGCAGCAGGAGCAGCUGCUCAAGCAACAGCAGGCCGAGCAGGAGGCCAAGAGCAGACUCCGGCAGGAGACCUCCAGACUCACCGCAGACAACAUGGGUCUGGAGGAGCAGCUGGACAUGAAGGAUCGACUCAUAAAGAAGCUACAGGACCAGAUUCGCUCACUAAAGGCUCCAGACAAGGCCAAUCAGAAAGCAACACCCGCAGUGCCCAGAGAGUACCUGGGGAUGCUGGAGUACCGACGGGAGGAUGAGCCCAAAAUCAUCCAGAACCUCAUUCUGGACCUGCGUCCCAGAGGCGUGGUGGUGAACAUGUUCCCAGGGCUGGCGGCUCACCUGCUCUUCAUGUGCGUGCGACACGCCGACUACCUCAACGACGGGGCCAAGCUCAAAUCCCUGAUGCACGGCAUCAUCACUGGCCUCAAGAAGGUCAUCAUGGAGCAUCAGGAGGACUUUGAGGCGCUGUCCUUCUGGCUGUCCAACACCUGCCACCUGCUCAACUGCCUGAAGCAAUACAGCGGAGAGGAGGAGUUCAUGAAGCACAACACACCCCGUCAGAACAAAAACUGCUUGACGAACUUUGACCUUUCAGAGCACAGGCAGAUCUUCAGUGACCUCGCUAUCCGGAUCUACCACAAGUUUAUUGCUGCCAUGGAGACCAUGGUCACCCCUCUCAUUGUGCCUGCUAUGUUGGAGCAUGAGAGCUUGCAGGGCAUCUCCAGCAUGAAGCCGUCGGGCCUGCGGAAGCGCUCCAACAGCGUGUACGAGGAGGCGGCCGAGGCCUGCAGCAUGGCCUCCAUCCUCCAGCUGCUCAGCGGUUUCCACGCCAGCAUGCUGCAGCACGGCAUGGACAGCGAGCUGGUCAAGCAGGCGGUCAGGCAGCUCUUCUACCUACUGGGCGCCACCUGCCUCAACACCAUCCUGCUGCGCAAGGACAUGUGCUCCUGCCGCAAGGGCAUGCAGAUCAGGUGUAACAUCAGUUACCUGGAGGAGUGGCUGAAGGAGAAGGAUCUGCAGGGAUCCAGCGCCAUGGAAACGCUCCGGCCUCUCUCCCAGGCUGCCUGGCUGCUCCAGGUCAACAAGACGAGCGACGAGGACGCGCGCGAGAUCCGUGACAGCUGCCCCGAGCUCUCACCUGUGCAGAUUGUAAAGAUCCUCAACUCCUACACCCCCAUUGAUGACUUUGAGAAGCGGGUGGCUUCCUCGUUUGUGCGCAAGGUUCAGGCGCUGCUGCAGGAGCGCGAGGGGUCAUCUCAGCUCAUGGUGGACACACAGUAUCGCUUCCAGGUCACCUUCCCCUUCUGCGCCUCCGCUCAGGCACUGGAGCUGCUACAGGUCCCCUCCAGUCUGCGCCUCUCCUUCCUCACCCGCAUCUGAACAACACACACACACACACACACACACACACACACACAGAGGCGUAGCACA